AUGUAUGGUGCUAUUGGCCAGGCUCGGACUAGCCCAAAGUUGCCCCGAGGUGUCAGCCUUCGGGCCUGGCUUUGGCCCAAGAUCUCAGCGAGGCACUUACCAGGAAGAACGGACAACGAGAUCAAGAAUCACUGGAACACUCGUCUCAAGAAACGCACAACGGAGAAGCGUAUUGAUCCCCCGAAGCCCAUUGGGCCCACUCCUCUGACUGACAACGACGUGACUUCGGAUGGACAGGAGGACAAGAGUGAGCCCGCCGCCAGGCGCAUUUCAUGGUCGGCCCACGUGCUCAACAAAUUAGCUACAAAUGUCGUACCUUUCCGACAUCUCCACACCGUACAGUCAAUGAUGGGCUCGGCAUCAAAUAGUAAGACUCACACAGCGCCAUGCAUUGACGAUACUGGCCUUGACGUGGUCCAAAAAUCAGGUGUCUCUGUUUCGGCUAAGCUGCUUAACAAAACGGCUACACGGCUCGGCUCAGCACGGCUUGAGACUAGCAUGCUAAAAUCCAUUUUGUCGCCUAAACCAGCUGAAGUGGGUCCGAGCGAUAGCCAUAAUAAUAUCGGGUCGAGUUCACUCGACAAUUUCGAGUUCUUGGAUUCGCUAGAUUUGUUCAACAAUUGGGAAGUUUUCUCUCCCAACGCUAGCGAAUGUGGUGGUGACGGCGGCGCUGCUUUGGACGUUAGCUAUAACGUCGUGGAGUCGAAUAUUAACAAGGAGGGAUCGACGACAACAACGGGGAUGCCAGAAUGUGAUUCAAAUGAAAUAUUUGGUGGCGCUGGCGAGUCUGAAAAAGAAGCAUUCUUGAAUUGCAGACAAGAGAGCCCAUUUGAUUCUCCUCAUACGUGCUGUGUCGACAGCCCUAACAUGUGCUUGUGGGAUUGUGAAUGGUAUUGA